GCAUGUAGAAGCCGGGAUGGGGUUUCGCAUUACGACAUGGAACGGUCUGAAUCCAUUCUCAUAUGAGCCAUGGAGGAGUACACGGACUUUUGAGUCCAUGUUCGACAUAUUGGAAGCCGAUAUAGUCGUCGUUCAAGAAACAAAGAUCCAGCGAAAGGACCUUAGAGAUGACAUGGUCCUUGUGCCCGGUUGGGAUUGUUACUUCAGUUUACCCAAAGUAAAAAAAGGCUAUUCGGGUGUCGCGAUAUACACUCGUAAUGCAACAUGUGCACCUAUUCGCGCUGAAGAGGGAUUGACAGGGACCCUUUGCCCGCCAAAUUCUUUAGUGUCAUUUAGAGACCUACCCGAAGACCAACAAAUCGGCGGCUAUCCAACGAUAGAGCAGCUGUCGAAGCUAAAGCUAGAUGCGGAGACGCUUGACUCUGAAGGAAGAUGCGUUAUACUCGAGUUCCCUGCCUUUGUUCUUAUAGGCCUAUAUUGUCCCGCCAAUAGGGACGAAAGCCGAGACGCUUUUCGUCAAAACUUCUUGGACUUGAUGGAUGCCCGCGUCCGGAAUCUAGUCGCCUUGGGCAAAAGGGUGUUUGUCACUGGAGAUAUAAAUAUCUCAAGAGGCGAGAUAGAUGCAGCGCACGCGGCGGAAAACAUAAAGAAAGGGGUAACUACGGAGGAUGACUUCGUCUCUGCUCCUGCUCGCCGCCUGUUCAACCAGUUAUUAAUUGACGGUAAAGUCGUGGGUGACCGAGAUGAAGGAAGAGAACAACCUGUCCUUUUUGAUAUAUGCAGGUCAUUUCAUCCGAAACGUAAAGGGAUGUAUACUUGCUGGGAGCAAAGAAUAAAUGCUCGUCCCGGUAACUACGGUUCGAGGAUAGACUACGUCCUUUGCAGCCUGGACAUGAAGGAUUGGUUUUUCGACUCUAACAUCCAGGAAGGGCUCAUGGGGUCAGACCACUGCCCAGUAUACGCCGUCUUUAAGGACCUCAUACCACUGAAUGACGGCCAAUCCCACAUACUCGAUAUCAUGAAUCCUCCAGGGGUGUUCAAGAAUGGCGAGCGUCAACAGAAUUACACGGCAAAGUUCCUACUACCGCUAUCAGGGCGAUUGAUACCGGAAUUCGACAGGCGGAGAAGCAUUAAAGAUAUGUUUAUGCGCAAACCGAGCCAACCAUCGCCGAAAACGUCUUCUCCGCAGAAUUUAACAGCAUGUCUUUCUAACGAAGAAAGCAGCAUGACUGCGAGGACAGCGACAAAUACACCAAAACCUUCAGAUGCUGAUGCGCCCGCCUCUGUAUCCAAUGAUACUCUACAGAAGGGGACCGUCCGAAAACGACCCGUCGGGACUGAAGUUCCUCCGGUUAAACGAUCGAAGUCAGCGAGUACCCAAACAGGCGCCCCUACAAUCGGACAGAGUACUCUGAAGGGGUUCUUCAAACCAAAAUGUACUCUCGAACCUAAAGAUAACAUGCUUUCGAAAGAUGAAGGACAGGGACCUGCCGAAUUUCCAUUUAUCAGCAGUCAACAAGAUGUAACAGAACAAACUUCGAAAGCGGCACUAGAACCUGAGAAAGCACCAACACCCAUGACUCCGGUACUGUCCAAGGAGGACGCUGGCUUCAUUGACCCAGUUGCGAGCAAGCAGGAUUGGUCGAAGCUAUUCACCAAAAAGCCGCCUCCCAAGUGCGGAGAACAUGGCGAGGAGUGCAUAAGCCUGAAGACUAAAAAGCCUGGUCCAAAUUUUGGUCGAACAUUCUGGAUCUGUCCCAGACCGCUGGGCCCAAGUGGGAACAAAGAGAAAGGAACUGAAUGGCGAUGUUCUACCUUCAUAUGGGCUAAUGACUGGGAUUCCUCGACGAUGUAG